ACUGACAAGCCUAAGGAUUUCUCUUUUCCUCAGAAAGCACAAUGGUGCCAGGAGGAGGGUCGCCGAGGAAAGAGCAGAUGAGUAGGAAGGUCUUGGCGGCAGUGUUGGAGGAGGAGGAGUGGUGGGAGGGGAGGAGGCGGUGAUGUGUUGCUGCUGCCUCCCUGCUGGGGGGAGCGGCUGUAGAUCUCGUCGCCAGGGAUCUGUACCCUGGAGGAGGGAAGAGGGGCUUUCUCCUCCCCGGGCAGGGUCCAAGGGCUUCUGCAAUGUCUGAGGCAGCUUCGGGCGGCGGGACGAUGGUGUGUGUAGCCGCUUCUGGUUGCAGUGCAUUACCUCAGGGAUCCCCGGCCGUAGUGGCUUCAGCCGCCUCAGGAGCAGCCCGGGGUGCCGAGAGCCCAGCAGCAGCUGCCGGGGGAGGAGGAGGUGGAUCUGCGCCGCUCAGAAUCGCUGCCAAGAAUGGUCAGUUGCGCUCAGCUCCCCGGGCCAAGAAACUGGAGAAACUCGGAGUGUACUCUGCCUGCAAGGCAGACGAAACUUGUAAGUGCAAUGGCUGGAAAAACCCAAACCCUCCUCCGACGCCCCCUAGGAUGGAUCUCCAGCAGACAGUUAUCAGCCUCACUGAGCCAUGUCGAAGCUGCGGCCAUACUCUUGCCGCGCAUGUAUCUCAUUUGGAAAAUGUGUCAGAAGAAGAAAUGAACCGGCUCCUGGGGAUUGUAUUAGAUAUUGAAUAUUUGUUCACAUGUGUGCACAAAGAGGAAGAUGCUGAUACCAAACAAGUUUAUUUCUACCUAUUUAAGCUUUUGAGGAAGUGUAUCCUGCAAAUGGUGAAACCUGCAGUGGAAGGAUCCUUGGGUUCCCCUCCAUUCGAGAAGCCCAGUAUUGAGCAGGGUGUAAACAAUUUUGUGCAGUACAAGUUCAGUCAUUUACCCUCAAAAGAAAGACAUACUAUUAUAGAGCUGGCUAAAAUGUUCCUGAAUCACAUAAACUACUGGCAUCUGGAAACUCCAUCCCAGGGAAGAUUAAGGUCACCAAAUGAUGAUAUUCCUGCAUAUAAGGAGAACUAUACAAGGUGGCUGUGUUAUUGUAAUGUCCCGCAGUUCUGUGACAGUUUGAAUCGAUAUGAAACAACACAGGUAUUCGGGAGGACUCUGCUUCGCUCCGUCUUCACUGUGAUGCGGCGACAGUUACUGGAACAGGCCAGGCAGGAGAAAGAUAAACUUCCGCAAGAGAAACGAACAUUGAUCCUGACCCAUUUUCCUAAAUUUUUAUCAAUGUUGGAAGAAGAGGUUUACAGUUCCAAUUCUCCAAUAUGGGAUGACAAUUUUAUGUCAACAUCAUCUCAGACUAAUGAUCUUGGAAUUCAAAUAGUUAUCAACGCGCCUCCAGUCACUAGGUCUGUUGCUUAUGCUACAAGCCCUUCACCCUUGGAGCAGCCUAGCAGUGGGAGCCUGAGUCCAUCUGGAAAACCAGCUUGUGUCCUUGAAACAAACUUAGGUGAUAAAAGAAAAAGCAGUGAACCAUUUGCUUCAGAAGAUGCCAAAAAGCCCAGAGUUGUAGGAGACAUUCCCAUUGAGCUGGUCAAUGAAGUUAUGUCUACAAUAACAGACCCUACUGCCAUGCUUGGACCAGAAACCAACUUCUUGUCGGCCAUUUCAGCCAGAGAUGAAGCAGCCAGACUGGAGGAACGACGGGGUGUCAUUGAGUUCCAUGUGGUUGGCAAUUCUUUACAUAAGAAGCCAAACAAGAAGAUCAUGAUUUGGCUUGUUGGGUUACAAAAUGUUUUCUCUCAUCAGCUACCUAGAAUGCCCAAGGAAUAUAUCACACGGCUUGUCUUUGAUCCAAAACACAAAACCCUUGCUCUUGUCAAAGACGGGCGUGUCAUUGGUGGGAUUUGUUUCCGAAUGUUUCCAACCCAGGGUUUUAGCGAAAUUGUCUUCUGUGCUGUAACAUCAAAUGAGCAAGUGAAGGGCUAUGGAACCCAUUUAAUGAAUCAUCUCAAGGAGUAUCACAUCAAGCAUAAUGUGCUGAAUUUCCUUACUUAUGCAGAUGAAUAUGCUAUAGGCUACUUCAAAAAACAGGGUUUUUCUAAAGAUAUUAAAGUGCCUAAAGCCAGAUAUGUUGGAUACAUCAAGGAUUAUGAAGGAGCUACCUUAAUGGGUUGUGAAUUGAAUCCCAAAAUUCCAUACACUGAAUUCUCUGUCAUUAUAAAGAAACAGAAAGAGAUUAUUAAAAAGAUUAUUGAGCGAAAGCAAGCACAAAUACGAAAAGUAUACCCUGGACUCUCCUGCUUUAAGGAAGGAGUACGUCAGAUUCCCAUUGAAAGCAUUCCUGGGAUUAGAGAGACUGGUUGGAAGCCCAGCAUAAAAGAAAGAAGUAAAGAGCCCAAAGAUCCAGAGCAACUAUACAAUAUAUUAAAAGCCAUCCUUCAACAGGUAAAGAGUCAUCAAAGUGCCUGGCCCUUCAUGGAACCUGUAAAGAGAACAGAAGCUCCUGGAUAUUAUGAAGUUAUAAGAUUUCCUAUGGAUCUCAAAACCAUGAGCGAGAGAGUGAAGAACAAGUAUUAUGUGACCAAGAAACUGUUCAUGGCUGAUCUGCAGCGCAUCUUCACAAACUGCAGAGAGUACAAUCCACCCGAAAGCGAAUACUUCAAAUGUGCAAAUAUUCUGGAGAAAUUCUUCUAUACUAAAAUUAAGGAAGCUGGGCUAAUAGACAAAUAAGAAGCCAUUCUAUUAGUCGUUGUGCCUCAUAAUAUUGGCUGGCCGACUGUUUAGUGCACUUGAUUUAUACAACUGCACUAAUUUAAAAAAAAAAAACUACUUAUCCUCAAAGUCACAUUUUCUUUUACAGUGCAGAACAUAUUGUUUCUUGCCUAAAGAAAACAAAUAGCAGUCUUUUAUGUUUUUUUCCAUUGUCUUUACUGGAAAUGGAAAUGUUAUUUUCUAUAGAAAAAGGUACUUGAAAUUCUAAUGACUUGUGUGUGUGUGUGUGUGUGUGUGUGUGUGUAUAUAUAUAUAUAUAUAUAUACACACACACACAU